AUGAACAUCAUCUUUUGCAAAUGUCCUCUCCUCUUUCAUUCAGGAAUCAAUGUACCAAUUCUUAUCUUUUUCUUGGAGUUAGCAAAGACAUAUAGUACUAAACAUGAAAGUGAUAUUGAUGAUGUUUUGGAAAUGGUAAGAAAAACUGUGAAUGACAAAAUACUGUGCAGUACCUCAAUACCACAGAUACUUGAUUUGCUGUGUGAAUUAGGGGCUGAUCCCAACAGUGCUGACAUGGAGGGAAACACUGCUCUUCACCAUGCAGUUUGUUUGCCAUUUUAUGGAGUGUCAAAAGAGGCAGUAAUGGACUUAGUAAMGAAACUUGAAGAAGUUGGAAUAACAGUUGAUUCAAAAAACCACCAAAGUGAAACACCGCUUCUGUUUUGUUUAACCUUGCACAGUAAUGAUCAACAAAUAUUAGAUGAAAACAGCCAGUUCUCAGCCUUCAAAAUACUUGUAGAAGUCUGUGAAUUUUUGAUAUGCAAUGGAUCAAAUGUUGAAGAGACGACGAAAAAAGGAGACUCUGUUUUACAUUUAAUCAUGAAGCUUUUGCAGAAAAUUCUGGAAUGGCAUGGAAAUACAAGAUUAAAGGAUGCAGUUCAAGUAGGAAUUGAAUUAUUCAUAUUAUUUUCAUCCACCAGCGCAGCCAAAAGGGUCAUCAACAAAAAAGAUGAAAACCUCAACUCACCAAUUCAUCUUUGGGCAUUACUGAAACCACCUCAACAAUGCUUGAGUAAUGUUGCUGAUGGAAGAAGUGUGUUUUCAAAUUUCAUGAAAGAAGUUCUUAAUAAACUUCUGUUCGACCGUGGGACACAAUUGAAUGAACCAAAUGAACGUGGUCAGACUCCCCUACAUCUCUGCAGGACUUGGGCUGCUGUUGAACUCUCGCUUGAUUUUGGAGCAAACCCAAACGUUGUAGAUGUAUUAGGACGUUCACCCCUUAUUGUUGCUGCACACAACAAAACACAUACUUUUUUUUAUCCAGACGUCGCGCUUGACGAUCCAAAAGAUUUUUGGAAACUAACUGCACUUGAGAAAGGUCUUGAUCCUUGGGUAGUUGAUAAAAAUGGAAAUUCUGUUUUGAGUUAUCUCAUUGAAUCAGAAGCUUUGGAUCUAGCCAAAGCCAUGAUUGAUGUUUUUUGUGCAAACAAAAAAGACUUCCCUUCAGCAGACGAAACCACAAAUACAUGUACAAUCUUAAAUAUCUUAUGUAAAGACAACAAAAAUGAACACUGGAAACUAGAAUAUGUUNCCUCCAGUGCAGCCAAAAGGGUCAUCAACAAAAAAGAUGAAAACCUCAACUCACCAAUUCAUCUUUGGGCAUCAUUGGAACCACCUCAACAAUGCUUGAGAGAUGUUGCUAAUGAAGGAAGUGUGUUUUCAGAUUUCAUGAAAAAAGUUCUUAAUAAACUUCUGGUCGACUGUGAUACACAAAUGAAGGAACGAAAUAAACAAGGUCAGACUCCUCUACAUCUCUGCAGAACCUGGGCUGCUGUUGAGCUUUUGCUGGAUUCUGGAGCAAACCCAAAUGUUGUAGAUGUAUUAGGACGUUCACCCCUUAUUGUUGCUGCACAGAACAAAACACACACUUUUUUUUAUCCAGACGUCGAGCUUGACGAUCCAAAAGAUUUUUGGAAACUAACUGCACUUAAGAAAGGUCUUGAUCCUUGGGUAGUCGAUAAACAUGGAAAUUCUGUUUUGAGUUAUCUCAUUGAAUCAGAAGCUGUUGAUCUAGCCAAAGCCAUGAUUGAUGUUUUUUGUGCAAACAAAAAAAACUUCCCUUCAGCAGACGAAACCACAAAUACAUGUACAAUCUUAAAUAUCUUAUGUAAAGACAACAAAAAUGAACCCUGGAAGCGAGAAUAUGUUGAAAAGAUUCUACAAUUCUUGGGAAAACCUCUUUUUGAAAUAAAAUGGUCUAAAACUUCUCCUCUUCAUUCGUGCUGCAGGAAUAUUAUUGAAGCAUCAAAGGAUGAUGGUUCUUCCGUACAAACAACAGUACACUGGGCCAUUGCAAAACUAUUGCUGUCGUAUAAAGCUGAUUGUGCAAUCCCCGAUGAAACAGGCCAGUCUUGUCUGGAGAUAGCAGAAGAGUGUUCAGAGCUGAAAGAACUUUUAAAUAAACAAAUAAAUCCUGAACAAGUGCCUAAUCUUACAAAUUGGAAUCCUGAAGGAUGUGUUGCUAUAAGAGCUUAUGGAAGGGACUCUUUCUCAUUUGCUUAG